AUGGGGCUCCGCGCUCUUGGCGCGGCGCAUGAAUCCGGGGCUCGGCAGGCCGCGCCCGGAGCGCGGGGCUCUCACGGGCCGCCCCCCGCUCCGCCCAUGGCCUCCCCGCUGGAGGACCCCGUCCUGAUCCGGCCUUUCCGCGGCCACACGGCGGCGGUGACGGGCGUCGCCUUCGACGCGAACGCGGCGGAGCUGGUUACCUGCUCUGUGGACAGGCUACUCAUAUUGUGGAAGCUGAGGACACAGUGCAGCGCCUACAGAUUUUCAGGGCAUGCGGAAGCGGUGACAAGUGUAGAGUUCUCACCAGAUGGGCGGGUGCUGGCUUCAGCUUCUCAGGAUCACACUGUCAGGCUAUGGAUUCCUUGCAUUCAUGGAGAAUCAUCAGUACUGAAAGGUCAUACAGCAUCUGUUCGGAGUGUGAGCUUCUCCCACGAUGGCUACUCUGUAGUUUCAGCAUCCAAUGAUAAAUUAAUAAAAAUAUGGAGUGUUUGCUAUCAGCGCCUUUUGUUUACCCUCUUCCAACACACUGGUUGGGUUUGCUGUGCCAAAUUUUCACCUGAUGGAAGAAUAAUAGCAUCUUGUGGUGAGGACAAAUCUAUUAAAAUCUGGGAUACAAGAAAUAAAAUUUGCAUUAAUACCUUCUCAGAUUAUGAAGGAUUUCCAACUUUUGUUGAUUUCAACCCAAGUGGAACAUGUAUAGCUUCUGCAGGUUCCAAUAACACAGUGAAACUAUGGGAUAUUCGAACGAACAAGCUACUGCAGCAUUUCAAAGUUCACAGAGCAGGGGUUAAUUGUAUAUCAUUCCAUCCUUCUGGUAACUACCUCAUCACUGCUUCUUCUGACGGUACCCUUAAGAUUCUGGACCUCUUAGGAGAAAGACUUAUUUACACUCUUCAUGGACACAAGGGACCUGUACUUUGUGUGGCUUUUUCAAAAGGUGGUGAAAAUUUUGCCUCAGGUGGAGUGGAUGCUCAGGUGUUACUAUGGAAAACCAACUUUGACACUUUGGAUUAUGAAGAAGUUCUUGAACACAAUUUUAGAAGAACACAUAUUGAUGAUCCUCCUCAUCUUCUUGAUAUUUACCCAAGGUCAUGUCAUUUCCAUGAUGAAAAAAUUACAUCAAUUGAGGUUGACCCUGCCUUUGAUGUGCCUGAUAUACAAACACCUGACCCAGUUAUCAUCGAUAUUAGAACAUCUUCAUAUAUCAGUACUCCUGGUGUUGGCAAAAGUGAAGAACUGCUGAGUCCCUCUGCUUCUCCCUCAGCAAGAAGUUCAAAAAGGAAGGCAGAGAGUGAGAGUGGGUCAGCUGUGCUUAGUGCAGAACAGCACAGAGGCAUCUCCUCCUCCGUGGACUGGGCUUUGGACCACAUUGUGGCCCAGCUAGAGAUGCUAACUCUAACCAUUUCAGUCCUGGAAGAACGUCUUACUUGUACAGAAGAUAAAUUGAAAGAAUGCAUAAAAGAUCAGCAAAAAAUGUUGCUUAAGGGAAAACAGAACUAAUAAAAUAGGAAAAUGAACUAUGUUGAUGAGUAUGUUUCAUAAAAUCACAAGGAAUGUUUCUUCACUGGAUUUUACUAUAAGCAGAAACAUCAAAUCAAAGUAAUAAAAAUGGAAGAAAUUUGAAAAAAAAAUUUCAAACAUUGGUAGCAAGCAGAUAUUCUGGUUAUCUAUUUAAUGAAAUGUAACCCAAUCAAAACUACAACUUUCUAAAUAAUUUCCAUUGAACAUUCCCGAACUCUUACUUCAACCUAACAAGAUAUUUGCAUAUAACUAAGCCACUAACUACAUAUUUUUAGAUUAAUAGCAGUUAUUAUGCAGGUUACCACUGUGCAGAUAUUUAAACUCAGUCAACAAUGUUUUUAAAAAUAAUGUUCUUUGUGCUAAGAUAACAUUACUGAAACACCUAAAUUAAGUAAGACAUAAUACAAAAAUGCCAGAGGUGUUCUUUGUCCCUUACAUAUUCUCAAGUGUUUUACCAAAAAGUAGUGUGUUAUUCUUUAUCUUCUCAGCAUUUUAGUAAUGAUUGCAAGAAGGUGUAGUGUGAAAACUUAUAGUUACAAAUGCAGGAAUUAAGUCACUUUAACUUAGAAGAUAUAAUUGCAUCUAUGUGAAUCCAGCUGCAAAACAUGAGUUUUGAUGCACUUGAACACUUCUGCCUAUCAUAUCCCCAUCAAAAUUCACUUUUCCUAUUUAUAAAAACAAAAGUGAGCUUUAUACUUCUGAAGAAUAUAUUUGAACCAAACACAAAAAUUUGCAAAAUCUAGAUCAUAAAUACUAAAGAUUCUUAUCCCAUAAGAAUGUCCACGUGUGCUCAAGCUUUGCAUGCUGUGAAUGUACCUGAUCAAGUAAUGCAUUGUGAAUGCAGACAUAAGUCAGGAAAACUUUGCAGUGUAUGAUGAUUUGAGUUUUAUUUUUAAUAAAAAUGCAAUUCUUAGAAAUAUGA